AAAUCAAACGCAGCUGUUAUUGAGAGGAAUCUUGCCAAGGUUGCGGUCCUGAAUGCCGAGAUCAGGCGAGCUAAAGACAUUUUGCAGAAAGAAAUUCAACGGCUCGAGAAGCUCGCGUAUCGGAAGGUCAAAGGAGUUUCGCCUGACGAGGCUGCGAAGAGGCCAGACAUGGUCACAACGCUCUUGGAAAAGGUUCAGGCGAUUCCUGAUGGCAUUGCGAGAGGAGGUGGGAGGACCGUCGCAUCUGCACGGGGUGCUUCAGACGUCCAGAUUGACGCUCUCGAAAUGGGCGACUCUGGACCAACAGGGGAUCACUUCAUCUCGACGGCUGAAUCCAGGGCAUUCAGAAGUGAAUAUACUCGCCGAGUCCAGAAGCAGGAUGUCGAGCUGGAGUACAUCUCUAGUGGUCUUGAGAAACUGAGGCAUCUUGCCCAAGACAUGAAUGAGGAAAUGGAUCGUCAAGAUCCAAUGCUGGAAGCAGUAGAGAACAAGGUCAACUCCACAACUCAAACGCUGCGGAACAAUAAUAAGAGGUUGAAGGAGAUUCUGACCGAGGUUCGGUCACCACGGAAGUUCUGCAUUGACCUUACACUUAUCCUUGUGCUUCUUGGAAUUGGAGCAUACCUCUAUAGGAUCUGUUGCAUUUGGCAGUGCUAUUAA